UGUAUAUAUAUAGUAAGGAUCUCCCCCACUCUCAGGAUAAGAUUUUGUCCUGUUCAACCUCUUAACUUUAUCCCUUCCUUCAUUUAUUACUACUUUUAAUGUCAAACGGGUUUCUAUCGGUCGGUGCAGGAAUUGCUGCAAGUGUGUUUUUAGCUCUCUAUACAAUCUUCACCAUCUUAACUGCACUUAUUGUCUACAGAGUUGGUUGGAAAACUCAAUAUUCAUUUCUCCUAUUCUUUGGAGUGUUACGUCUUGGAGGCCAAACGUGUGGGGUUGCAUUUGCCAAAUUGGGGAUCGAACAUUAUCAAUGGUUGAUUGCAUAUUUGGUACUUUCUGCUGAAGGUUAUUUCACACUUGUGUUAACUUGUUUCCAUUAUCUUGCCAAGGCCCAAAUUGCCCAAUAUGGAUCCUCAUGGAUAAGACCUACUCAAGAAGAAAUGGAAAUUAGAACCAAGGGUCAAAAUUAUUUCCGUGCUACCAAUACUAAAAUGAGUACUCCUUCAGCAAUCUUCCAUACUAUUUUAAUUCCUGCCAAUGCCAUUCUUAUUGCUGGUGGGACCAUGCUCACGGGGAUGGAUGCAGAUCAAUUAGCCACCCAUUCAUCCAAAUUGAUGACAUCCAAACUCUUGAGAUGUAUUGGUCAAUCCAUUUUCUUGGCUGAAACAGUGAUAUUGGUUUUACUUACUCUUUAUGUUUUCAAAAGAGAAAAAGUGACUCUGUACACCAUGUACGCUUUAUUUGCCGCUUAUCCCUUCUUAUUAGUAAGAGGGGCAUUUGGAGUAAUGUCCAUCUUUCUUGAUAAAAUGAAUUAUUUCUUGAUGUCCAAUUAUGAUGAAAAUGGAUUAUCUUCAUAUUUUGUUGCCUGUGAAUAUACCAUGGCAACCACUAUGGAGUUCAUUGCUGCCUCCAUUCUUAUGUCCAACUAUUAUAUGACUCGAUAUAUUAACAAGAGAGGUAGUGUAAUACAAGAGGAUGAUGAAGAAAGCUCCACUGGUGAUAGACAAUACAAAUAAUACUAUAUACAC